AUGCAGCUCCCUGACACGUGAGGGCGUCCUUUGACACGUGCCCAGUAAGUAUGUGAUAGUUUGACCUUUGACACCUUAGCGAUUCCACACACACAAAACUACAGAGCAGCUGAAUCGCUCGUGGAAUAAAAGUAAAGUUUCUAAAUUAAUUCUGUGGACAAAACUGACGCUUGUUAACAAUGUCCUUCGUGACUAAAGUAUUGCGAAGAGGGUUAACCACCUCGGCGUUGAGAAUGGCAGCCAUCAAACAUGUCACGGUGAUUGGGGGCGGACAAAUGGGAGUUGGUAUUGCACAGGUUGCCGCCCAGACUGGACACCAAGUGACAGUUGUCGACCAAUCAGAAGAAAUCCUGGCACAUUCAAAAUUGUCGAUAGAAAGAAGCUUAUCCCGAGUAGCAAAGAAAAAAUUUGGAGAAGAUCUCAAGGCGGCGGAGAGCUAUUCCAAAUCUGCACUUUCUUCCAUUAGUCUCAGCACAGAUGCAUUGGCCGCAGUGACAAAGACUGAUCUAGUCAUCGAAGCUAUCAUUGAAAACUUGCAAGUCAAGCAAGAACUCUUCAGUCAGCUUGAUAAAGUAGCCCCUCAGGAAACAAUUUUCGCCAGUAAUACCUCAUCACUACCCAUCUCAGAUAUAGCCAUCUCCACGGAUAGGCGAGAUAGAUUCGCUGGUCUUCAUUUCUUUAACCCUGUCCCUGUCAUGAAACUUGUAGAGGUCGUUCAGAUAUCAGAACAGAGUGAUGCAACGUUCCAGUCGCUCAUGGAUUUUUCAAAAAGUUUAGGCAAAGUACCAGUUGUGUGCAAAGACACUCCAGGAUUCAUCGUUAACAGACUUCUAGUGCCUUACAUGAUGGAAGCCAUCAGGCUGGUAGAGAGGGGCGACGCAUCAGCACGAGACAUAGACACGGCUAUGAAGCUAGGAGCUGGCUAUCCCAUGGGACCGUUUGAAUUGGCGGACUACGUUGGGCUCGACGUCACAAAGUUCAUCAUCGAUGGAUGGCAUGAGAAGUUCCCCAACAAUCCACUCUUUGAGCCCAGCCCACUCCUAGAUCAGAAGGUGGCACAAGGAAAGCUCGGCACGAAGAAAGGCGAAGGUUUCUACCCGUACGGCAAGAAGUAACCCCCCUCCCCAAUUCCCAAACAGAACUAGGUAUCAAGUAAUUUCACCAUAAAUUGUUUCUCUGAUUUCUCAAUAGUUGACUUUGACCUAUUCAGAAAUGCCGAAAUUAGCCCCCCUCCCCGUCAAGAAGUAAUCCUUCUCCCCAACUCCCAAGGAGAACUAGGUAUCACGUAAUUCCCAAAGAGACCUAGGUAUCAAGUAAUUUCACCAUAAAUUGUUCCUCUGAUUUCUCAAUAGUUGACUUUGACCUAUUCAGAAAUGCCGAAAUUAGCCCCCUUCCCCGUCAAGAAGUAAUCCUUCUCCCCAACUCCCAAGGAGAACUAGGUAUCACGUAAUUCCCAAAAAGACCUAGGUAUCAAGUAAUUUCACCAUAAAUUGUUCCUCUGAUUUCUCAAUAGUUGACUUCGACCUAUUCAGAAAUGCCAAAAUUAGCCCCCUUCCCCGUCAAGAAGUAACCCUUUUCCCCAAUUCCCAAAGAGAAUUAGGUAUCAAGUAAUUUCACCAUCAAUUGUUCCUCUGAUUACCCAAUACUUGACUUGACCUUUUCAGAACUGCCAAAAUUAGUCCCCUUUCUCCGGUCAUGACUUUUCAAAAGAUAUAAUUAAAGUAGGACUUGCAUGAAAUUUAUAAACAAAGUUCUUACAUGUCACUGCUGUUCUUCACAGGUAAACAAGUAACAUUAGUUCAAGUGUGCUUCAUUGAUGUAACUAAUGGUUUGCUUGUGUUGUGCAUGCAGCUAUAUAACAGAAACUGUAAAUGCACACUUUGGUGCUUGAAGUUGAGCUGUACUUUCAACAGUGUUCGAAAGCAAUAAACUUAUAUUCAAUCGUUCUAGAUAUCGUCCCUUGUUGGAAAGAUGAGCUGGAUAAUAAUUUUCUAGUGAGUGGUACACAACGUUCAAGCAUUAAAUUAUCAGAGGGUACAUGUGUAUAUAUCUGCCCGUACUUGGUAGCGUUCAGGUUCAGAUUGAAUGAAUUGAUUUAUAAAGAUAUUCUUAACUCGUAUUGUUUUAAUGUUGGUGUUACCCUUACACCGAUGUGUGUUAGCACUGUAUACUCGGUACUUUUCCAAG